CCAAAAUGCCUAAUACCAGAAACACAAAAGAUCUCCUCCUCAGCCCCGCAACUGAAGGAUUCCUUAUCGGCACCAACACCCUUUGUGCCGUCCUUCGUUCCCUCGCUGAGAGAUCCCGAUCCUACCGCAAAACCCGCGACAUCAGCAUCCCCGUCGCCUCUCAAUUCUCAGCCCUGAUCCUCGAGCAAGUCUCUCUCCUCUCCUUCGAUCAGCUCCUGGAAAUUAAAGCUCUCCUCUUCGACUGGAAAGUAAAAGAAGCUGCACAGAAGCCGUUUAACUCCUAUUUCCAUCCUGAUGGAUGCCUGUUGACUGAGAGCGAGAAGGUUUUGCAGCAGUUGGCUGAUAUUCUGAUUACGGCAGUCUGCGAGGAGCAUAGUCUAGCGACGAGAGCGAGUUAUAAAAGAGGGAAGGUUCAUGGCAGUCGGGAUGCCUUUGAGUUCCAACAUAUAGAGCAGGCGAAGGCUAAGGCGAUUAAGCGGAUUCAUGAGUUGACAAGUAAGAUCUCUGAGAUUCUUCAGGUGGAUGCUGUUACCAAUGACAAAGCCACAUUGGUUCACAGAGAUUCUUUUAGUGGUACGGAAGUCGACGGGUAGGGAAGCAGUUUCUUCAAGGACCUCAAUAAGAAAGAGUUCGAGGUUGGACUUUGUACUGUACUAUUAAUGGAGAAGUUGGAGACUGAAAAGAAGUUCCUC